AUGAAAUUACUGGCACAAAACAAGAAAAAUUUGAAAAACAAGGUAAGGUACCAGGAAGCUGUGGUUAUUGUGAUUGGUGAAAAAAUAGAAAAACUAAAACUGUAUGUGGAAUAUGUGAAACAUAUAUUUGCAAAGAACAUAGUGGACAAACAUGCGUUAACUACAAUAACUGAAGAUAAAAGUGAAAAUGUUUCAACUUGCUUUGAAGCAAAAGGUUUAUUGAAAAGUAUAAAAACCUUAAAAACAUCAUUUAUGUCCAUAUUUUGGGGAGAUAUAUUAGAACGGUUUAAUGCAUGUAGUAAGAAACUACAGUCAAUUCAAAUUGAUUUGGGUAUUGUGGUAGAAAUUUACCAGUCGUUGAUAGGUUUUGUACAUGAUAUUCGGUGUGAUGACAUGUUUAAUGAUUACAAAACUCGAGCAAUUGAGAAAUGUGGCAUUUCAAGUUUGAAUACAAAUAAUAAACGUGAAAAAAAACGUAAAAGGUUUUUUGAUGAAGGCAACGGUGAGGAACAAGUCUUUGAUGAUGAAUAUGAAAAUUUUAAAGUAAACACUUAUUUUAUGAUAUUAGACCAAAUUAAAUCUGAUUUAGAAAAAAUAAAAAUUGCCUAUGACAAUUUAACUUCAAAGUAUAAUUUUUUUUAUCACUUGUCAGAACUAACACCUGCUGAAGUUAAAAAAAAUUCUGAGUCACUGCAAAGUUUAUACAAAAAAAUUAGUAUUUAUAUAAGAAAUUACAACCUUGUAGAAGUCUAUCCAUACAUAGACAUUGCAUUGAGAAUGAUACUCUGUACUCCAGCUACAAAUUGUUCAGCUGAACGGUCUUUCUCUACACUAAAGAGAGUUAAGAGCUAUUUAAGAUCAACAAUGAAAGAAGAAAGACUAAAUGCAUUAGCUGUUCUCAACAUUGAAUCAGAACUCACAAGAGAAUUAGACUACAAAGAUAUUAUAGAAGAUUUUCCCAAUAAGCAAUCUAGAAAAAAAUUAUUGUAA